AAUCUUCUAUCUGCUUCUAUUGAAAAAAGCCUAUAAUUUGCGACUUUUAUAAUAUUAUUCCUGAUGCAGCUUGAUUGCUUUCUUCAGUAAUUUGAUAUAAAUGACUGCUUUCCUUAGAUUCUUAGAUCAUUAAGUAAUGGAUAACACUCACAGGCGCUUCCCCUUUUGCCGAGGUAUAAGAUUAUUCGAAUCGAAAAGUCUUAUGCUUUCAUAAAAACUAUUUGCGUAAUCGAUUACAAACACUCUGCGUAUUCGUAAAACAUCGAAAGGACAUCUGCGAGUGCUCCGCUAAAAUGCCGUUUUGUGCUGUCAAGUCCUGCAGAAACAAGUCAAACACAUCAAGUAUUAAAAAAGAUGGAAUAACCUUUCAUUUAUUUACAAAAAAUCCUGCUUUAAGGCUAAGGUGGAUUGAAUGCUGUGGGAGAAAAUCAGAAUGGGUACCUAAACGCACAAGCACUAUUUGUUCCCGACAUUUUGAUACGUCCCAAUUUGAAUGUUUGCAAAAUCAACGGCGCAAGCUAAAGAACGAUGCUGUGCCCACUUUGUUCUUAACAGAUUUUGAGAACCAAUCAAAAUCGAAAAUCAAUGUUUCAAAAGGAUCUGCAUCAGAUACAGCACCAGAUAAUAUUAUGAUGAUGGAAUGUGAAGUUUAUGUAUGUAUAUUUACAGUAUGUAGCUUCAUGUUGUACACAAUUUUAAUACAUUUAUUACACCUUUAAUUGCAUUUUAAUUUUCUAGGAGAAAAAUAAAUUA